UAUAAAUAAACAAACCCUUUUGCACCUUUUUGCCCUUUUAAGCUCAUCAGCUUUUCUCAUACAUUUAUUAUUAUUCUUCUUUUUCUCUCUCCUUAGCCUCUUCUACCAAAUUAUCACCAAACAAACACUUCCUUCUUCUUCCACCCCCAAGAAAAAAAAAACUAAAAAAUGAAUGAAGGAUAUUACAGAGACUAUGGAGCAUGCUGUUAUUUCCACCCAAAAGAAGAAAUUGUAGGAGUUUGUCAUCUAUGCUUAGAUGAAAGACUCCUCAUUUUAGCAGCCAAACAAGGUGUUAAAUCCAAGUCCUCUAAAUUAAGCUCAAAAUAUGAUUAUUACUCAAAAAAAUGUAAAUCUUAUGAUAAUUUAUAUCAUAAUAAGCCAAAAUCCUAUGUUACCCUUCCUAAGAUCUUUGCCAUUGCAUCCUUCUUCAGCCACCGCCGCCGUCGCCAUGACUCCGAUGAUAUUUUUUUUGAUGAUGUUGAUACUACUUCCACCAGCUUAGAAGAUGAAUCAUUUAUAUCAAUCAAGUUUGGGGACAAUGGAGUGGCAUCAUGGGACAAGACUAGCAGUAGAGUGUCAAAGGUGCCACUAGAAGAAUGCAGCUUGUCAUGGGGUGGUCAAACUUCAGUCAAAGAUGCUACCAUUAACAUUAAGGGUAGUGGUAGUAAUAAUGUCAACAAAAGUGUGGUAGAGCAUGCCAAGCCACGGGGCGCGUCGCUGAGGUGGCGAAAGCGGAUUGGUCAGUUAUUUCAGGUCAUCAGAUGGAAAAAAUCUAGCAAGGCCAAUGGAGGAGGAGGAGGAGGGAAUAGUAAGGUUGUGGAGGGAGUGAAGGUGGUGAGGAAUAACAAAUAUGGUUGGAUAAGGACAUUAAAGGGUAGGACUAAGGAGUGAUAUAAAUUAAAGCACAUAUAUAUUGGACCGCUAGCUCUAUAUUACAACCAUUAAACAAAAUAGUGUUCAUCUCAAAACAAAAACAAAAAAAAAGUGUUGGAAUUUCUUUUCUUUCAUAUGUUUUGGUGUGUAUCUUGGGUUCAAUGUGAUUAUUAAGAUCAAUAUUAUCAUGAAAGAAAUAGGGUAUAGUCAUAUAUUUGUUGUAUCCUAAGUUUUUCAAAAGGGUCCCAUUAUCAAUUAUUAUGAUUUUUAAUUUGUAA